AUGACCCAGUCUUCUUGGGCCCAACAGGCAACGGACCGCUUCUUCGGCGGCCGCAAAUCGCCAUCGCAGAUGCAAUGUGCCGAAAUUGCACAGUCGGUUUGCGGCGCGUCGACGGUGCGCCCCGUGGACAGCCCAGGCUCAAUGAGCUACACCGUCAUCUGCAGUGGGCGCCCUGAGCCACAACAAGAUCUCAUUUCGACCUGUCACGGCGACGUGGAGGAAGCCGAUCCGCCGCUGUCCAUCUACUCCAUACCCUAUCUGCGAGGCUCAUCCUGUACUGAAGUCCUGGCUUUUCAGGUGGAAAUGGAUCCCGAAGAGGAAGCAAAGCAUGGAGUCUUUGUCAAACACCUGGCUCGGCAACUCCCACAUAAGCCCGAUAUAUACUCGGAGGCAAUCUUGCUCAUAUUCUUCAAGGGAUCCGUAAAAGACAUACUCGCCCGGCUGGCGGAGGAAUCACCAUGGUCCAUUCUGUCCAACUCGAUGCUGUCUAGGCUCAUUGAGUAUCUUCCUUUGCUCUUCAGUCAAGAUUACCCACAAGUCCUCACGCAUGGCGACUUCUUAGUGACGAACAUUCUAGUCGAUGAGAACAAGUUCGAGAUCAGGUAUCGUCGAUUGGUCUCUGGCGGCGGGGAGGAGUUCUGGGCUGUCUCUGGGGUCGAAGGGGAGGAGCGUCGGGGUAGAACACAGGGUCAGGCUGAAGCUGCAGGCCGGAUUGGCGCAAUUCUCCGGUUGGCAUUCCGGCGUAACGCUGAUGGGUCACCAUCUGAAGAGGUUUUGGCGUCGGAACGCAGAACGAAACAGCUGAGGGCGUGGGUUGGCGAACAAGCGGCAAGACUUGCCUGA